AUGAGUCCUACGGCGGCGACGGUGGACGAUCCUGGACAGAUUAAACGUGCCCUUAUUGAUGCUUCUGCCGGAGCUAUCUCUGGUGGUAUUUCUCGUACCUUUACUUCUCCGCUUGAUGUCAUUAAGAUUAGAUUUCAGGUUCAACUAGAACCGACGACUUCAUGGGGUAUGGUCCGGGGAAACUUGUCUGGAGCAUCUAAGUAUACUGGAAUGGUACAGGCAACUAAAGACAUUUUUAGAGAAGAAGGCUUUCGGGGGUUUUGGCGGGGUAAUGUGCCAGCUUUGCUCAUGGUCAUGCCAUAUACUUCAAUUCAGUUUACAGUACUACAUAAGUUGAAGUCUUUUGCAUCUGGUUCUACUAAAACAGAGGAUCAUAUACAUCUGAGCCCUUAUCUAUCCUUCGUCAGUGGAGCGUUAGCAGGAUGUGCUGCUACACUAGGAUCUUAUCCCUUUGAUCUUCUUAGGACAAUAUUGGCAUCACAAGGGGAGCCUAAGGUGUAUCCAACAAUGAGGUCUGCGUUUUUCGAUAUUAUUCAGUCUCGAGGCAUAAGAGGAUUGUAUAAUGGAUUAACACCAACUCUUGUUGAGAUUGUGCCAUACGCCGGCCUGCAAUUUGGCACAUAUGAUAUGUUUAAGCGUUGGAUGAUGGUAAGAGCAGAGCAAUAUAUCUCUUAUGUGUGA